GCGGCUACUUCAUUGUUUGUGUCCGGUGGGGUGGCGUUGGUAGUCGCGGGAGGCAUCUGGGGAUAGCCACAGAAAUGGAUCGCCUGGCGUUGUAUCAAUAAUACUAUUCAUGCAUAAUCAUCUUGAAAAAGGAUUGGAUCAUGUCCAUAAACCCAUUCACACCACCUGUGGUUAAGAGACUGUUGAAUUGGAAGAAAGGUGACGGCGAGGACAAGUGGUCGGAGAAGGCUGUCAAAAGUCUUAUCAAGAGAUUAAAGAAGUUCCCAGGCUCUGUUGAAGAGCUGGAGAGGGCUAUUUCUAGCCAGGACCCAGCCACCCGCUGCAUCACAAUCCCAAGGUCGCUAGACGGCCGACUGCAGGUUUCCCAGAAGAAGGGGCUGCCCCACGUCAUCUACUGCCGGCUCUGGCGCUACCCAGACCUGCAGUCGCACCACGAGCUCAAGGCCAUCGAACACUGCCAGUUUUCGUUCACGUCCAAGAAGGACGAGGUCUGCAUCAACCCAUACCACUAUCUCAGGACUCAGGCACCCGUGCUGCCGGCCGUGCUCGUGCCCAAGUGCGACCCGAGCGAGUUCCCGGCGCAGCCGCCGGCUGUGGACGAGCUGUCGCUGCUGCCGCCGGAGAACGCGCAGCUGGCGCCCAUGGAGCAGGUGGCGCCGAUGGAGUCGCCGGCUGCCUCGCUGCCCGACUCGCCGCCCACGUCGUACAUGUCCGAGGACGGCGACAACAGCGACCGCAACGACAGUGCGCUGCCGUCGCCGCCGCCGCCGGUGGUGGCUCCGGACGCGCAGCCCGUCACCUACUGCGAGCCCACGUUCUGGUGCUCGGUCAGCUACUACGAGCUGUCGAGCCGCGUGGGCGAGACGUUCCACGCCUCGCAGCCCAGCCUGACCGUGGACGGCUUCACCGACCCGAGCAGCUCGGACCGCUUCUGCCUCGGCCUGCUGAGCAACAUCAACCGAAACCCGGUGGUGGAGCAGACCCGGCGCAACAUCGGCCACGGCGUCCGGUUCUACUAUAUCGGCGGGGAGGUGUUCGCAGAGUGCCUCAGCGAGUCGGCUAUCUUCGUCCAGUCGCCCAACUGCAACCACAGGUUCGGCUGGCAUCCAGCCACCGUCUGCAAAAUACCGCCCAAGUGUAACCUGAAGAUCUUCAACAACCUGGAGUUCGCGGCGAUGCUGGCCCAGUCGGUGAACCAGGGCUUCGAGGCGGUGUACAGCCUGACGCGCAUGUGCACCAUCCGCAUCAGCUUCGUCAAGGGCUGGGGCGCCGAGUACCGCCGGCAGAUCGUCACGUCGACGCCCUGCUGGAUCGAGCUGCACCUGAACGGGCCGCUGCAGUGGCUGGACCGCGUGCUCACGCAGAUGGGCUCGCCGCACAUGCCCUGUUCGUCCAUGUCCUAAUGAGGCAGCGUGCGGCGCGGCGUGGCGCCGCCCCGCCCGGCCGCAGUCCGCGGCGCCGGCCGGCGCGCGCUCGUGUGGCGUGUCGGACCUUCUCGACGCCGUCCGCUCCCUCGCGCGGCGGGACGGACGGUGGAGCGGAGCUGGCCCGGUCCGGCGGGGUCGGGCCGCCUGUGUGACGAAGCUCGGCCGCGGCUGCGGCAGCGGCAGGACUCGUGUGAGCCCAUCAGACGCGCUGGCGGGCUCGUGCGACGGCGCGGAACUGACUCUCGUGUCCCUAAUCCCCCCUCCUCCCCCCCACAUACACAUUGUCCUGGAAGCUGAGAGCGCGCGCGCGCGCGCGUGCGUCAUCCGCCCAGCGCGUGCGAGCUAGUCAGCCGGCAGCCCGCGAGUGGACAUUUAUGUAGCAUACGCGCCUUUGGCCGAAAUCCCCGCUGUGAAUCAAAUCGCCGUAGAGCAGCUCGUCUCCCCCUCCCCCUCCUCGGUGCGCCUGAUGCUCUUCACCUCCUCCACGCUCACCUCGCGUGCGCGCCGCGCCUUCUUCCAUGGCAGAAGCCAAAUAUGCUGCAGGGAGUAUUGGUACUGGUCCUCGCCGCUCUGACCGGCCGGCACGUGCGUGAGCAGCGCGCGUUCCGCGCCGGCCGGCGCGCCUAGAUCAGCCCUGCUGUCGCUUGUGUUGCCGCCGCAGCCACGUGCGCCAGGCGCGAAUCUCGCGCGCCGCUCGCGUCCAUGUCACGGCGCCUGGGGCUGCCCCGCGCAGCGCGUGUGGCCGGCAGCAGUGUGAUGUCACUGCUGACGUCGGAGCGUCGCCGCCUAUUGGUCGCCGCGGCGAACCGGUGUCAAAGAACAAUCAGGUUGUCCUUCGGUGUUCUUGCCGUGCGAUUGACGGCGGUGGGCCGCUGUGAGGCCGCUGCAGGCUGGGCGCGUGUGUGCGCGCGCGGCCGGCCGCGUGAGGGGGCUCGGCUGGGCUUGCAUUGGCCCGGUCCGCCGCCCGUGACGUGUGCCACCGCCGCUGUGACGGCGCCGCCCGAGCCGGAGGCUGUCGCGUCCGCAGACGUCGCCGCGGGAGCCGGCGGUCAU